AUGCUCCCCUGGGUGCUGAGCUGCCUGUCCGUGCUGGGGGCGGCAGGCACCGCUGUUCUGUGCGCCUGCCUGCUGCUCAGCCUGGCCCAGCACCUCUGGACCCUCCGCUGGACGCUGAGCAGAGACCCGGCGUCCUCCCUGCCCUUGCCCAAGGGCUCCAUGGGCUGGCCCUUCUUCGGUGAAACGCUGCACUGGUUAGUACAGGGCUCGCGCUUCCACAGCUCCCGCCGGGAGCGCUACGGGCCGGUGUUCAAGACGCACCUGCUGGGCCGGCCGGUGGUCCGCGUGAGCGGCGCCGAGAACGUGCGCACCAUCCUACUGGGCGAGCACCGCCUGGUGCGCAGCCAGUGGCCGCAGAGUGCGCACAUCCUCCUGGGCUCGCACACGCUACUGGGCGCAGUUGGCGAGCCGCACCGGCAGCGGCGCAAGGUCCUGGCGCGCGUUUUCAGCCGCUCGGCGCUGGAGCGCUACGUGCCACGCCUGCAAGGGGCUCUGCGCCGCGAGGUGCGCUCCUGGUGCGCGACGGGCGCGCCCGUGGUGGUUUACCAGGCGGCCAAAGCGCUCACCUUCCGCAUGGCCGCACUCAUCCUACUCGGGCUGCGGCUGGACGAAGCGCAGUGCGCAGAGCUGACCCGCACCUUCGAGCAGCUCGUGGGGAAUCUCUUCUCGCUGCCCCUCGACGUGCCCUUCAGCGGCCUGCGCAAGGGCAUCCGGGCACGGGACCAGCUCUAUCAACACCUGGAGGAGGCUAUUGCAGAGAAGCUUCUGGAAGACAAGGCUACAGAGCCAGGUGAUGCCCUGGCUAUGAUCAUCCGUAGCACUAGGGAGCUGGGAGGUGAGCUCUCCAUGCAGGAGCUGAAGGAGUCAGCUGUGGAGCUCCUCUUUGCGUCCUUCUUUACAACAGCCAGUGCCAGCACAUCCCUCGUCCUGUUGCUCCUGCAGCACCCUGCAGCCAUCGCUAAGAUCAAGCAGGAACUGGAGGUGCAGGGGCUAGAACCUGCUUGCAGCUGUGUGAUUGGGCCCACAGGGGGUGCCGCAGGGCUCCAGUCGGAUUGGGACUGCGGCUGCGAGCUGGACCUCAGCCUUACUGUGCUGAGCCGCCUGCACUACGUGGAUUGUGUGGUCAAGGAAGUGCUGCGCCUCCUGCCCCCUGUGUCUGGGGGCUACCGCACAGCGCUGUGUACCUUUGAGCUGGAUGGCUACCAGAUUCCCAAAGGCUGGAGCGUGAUGUACAGCAUCCGAGACACGCACGAGACAGCCGCAGUGUACCGCAGCCCGCCCGAGGGCUUCGACCCCGAGCGCUUCUGCGCGGCGGGCGACGACACGCGGGGCACCGCCGGCCGCUUCCACUACAUCCCGUUCGGCGGCGGUGCGCGCAGCUGCCUGGGCCAGGAGCUCGCGCAGGCCGUGCUCCAGCUGCUGACGGUCGAGCUGGUGCGCACCGCGCGCUGGGAGCUGGCCACGCCCGCCUUCCCCGCCAUGCAGACGGUGCCCAUCGUGCACCCGGUGGACGGCCUGAGGCUCUAUUUCCACCGGCUGGCUCCCGCCGCCGCGCGGGACGGGGCACGCCACUGA